UCUCGUUUCUGGAGAAGUCAACCCUCUCCAUAGCUUCUUUUUAUAACCUUUAAGUUAAUUCAGAAUCCAGAUAAGCCUUGAUCCGAGGAUGAUAUAAUUAUGGCAAGCACCAUGGGAGCCUCUAGACACAUCAGGAAGACUUCACAAAACAUGGUGUGACAUCUACUGGUGAAGACAGGCCAUGAGGUCCAGGGAAGAGGGGAUGGCCUGAUCCAGGGACAAUGAAGAUGCAAUGUUGAAGAAUAAGCUGGAGGAGAGAAGCAACAGGCACCAUGGAAAAAACCAAAACAAAGCAAGGAGAGAAUGAACAUAUGCCAAUGAAUAAUCCUUCCACACAGAUUUACCAGGCUUCGAAGUACAAGUCUUCCCUGAACCUGCCUCCAGUGGGAGCCCGCCUCCAGCGGCAGGAUGGAGGGAUCAUAACCUCUCUAGAAAAUCUUCAUGAAAAAAUCAACGAGAUGAGGAACGUGUUCAGCUCGCUGGAGAACAAGUUGCAGGCCCUAGCCUCUGAACUCAAAACUGGCUUCACAGAAGCAAUGCAAGAACUGUCAAGAAUUCAACAUGGAGAAUAUGCUUUGGAAGAGAAGGUUAAGAGCUGCAAAUGUUCCAUGGAAGAGAAAGUUACUGAGAUGAAAAAUUCAUUAAACUAUUUCAAGGAAGAGCUGAGCAAUGCCAUGUCAAUGAUCCAGGCCAUCACUUCCAAACAAGAAGAAAUGCAACAGAAAAUUGAACAGCUUCAACAGGAGAAGCGAAGAGAAUCUCGAAAAGUGAAAGCCAAGAAAACUCAAAAAGAAGAACAUGGCUCACAGGCUGGGCCUGCUCAAGCACAAGGAAGUCCUUUCCGUUCAAUCAAUAUCCCUGAGCCUGUUCUUCCAAAUGAAGACUUUACAAACCUUUUGCCUUCUCAGGCCUAUGAGAAAGCCCAAGAGUCCAGAUCCAUGCACGUAGGAGAUAGUAAUGUGAAGGGAAUGAUGGGCCCUGGAAUGAACCCAACAAAUCCAGAAACAGAAGAAAACCUCAAGUCUUGUCUCACGGCCGACAUCCAAUCUAAGGGCCAUCUGCCGUCUGGUGUGUGGAGACAACCUAAGGAGGGUAAAGAAUGGGGCGAGGAAUAUGUCACAAAAGACCAUCCAGAUAAACUCAAGGAAGUUGGCCAGGGCAGACACAGCUCUUUGGAAAAUGUUUUAUGUGAAACCUCUUUAGCUGCUAAAAGACAGACUGUGGCUCUGGAACUGCUUGAAUCAGAAAGAAAAUAUGUCAUUAACAUCUCUCUGAUCCUGAAGAUCAAGGCAACGUUCCAGGGCUCAGAUGGAAAGAGGAAUUCCAAAGAGAGAAGCCUCUUCCCUAGCUCUUUACGGUACCUGGUCCAGCAGCAUUUGGAUUUGCUUCAUGCUCUGCAGGAAAGGGUCUUGAAGUGGCCACGCCAAGGAGUCCUUGGAGAUUUAUUCCUUAAAUUAACAAAUGAUGAGAAUAAUUUCCUGGAUUAUUAUGUUGCCUACCUGAGGGACCUGCCUGAAUGCAUCUCUUUGGUUCAUGUUGUGGUUCUGAAGGAGGGUGAUGAAGAGAUUAAAUCUGACAUCUAUACACUGUUUUUUCAUAUAGUCCAGCGCAUCCCUGAAUAUCUGAUACACCUGCAGAAUGUCCUGAAGUUCACAGAGCAGGAACACCCUGACUAUUACCUACUUCUGGUGUGUGUUCAGCGCCUUCGAGUAUUUAUCUCACACUACACCUUGCUGUUUCAGUGCAACGAGGAUUUGCUUAUUCAGAAACGGAAAAAGCUCAAGAAGUCAUCCAUGGCAAAACUGUACAAAGGGCUGGCUUCCCAGUGUGCAAACGCUGGGCAAGAUGCUUCUCCCACUGCAGGCCCUGAGGCUGUUCGUGACAGCGGAAUCCACUCAGAAGAGAUGCUGCAACCCUACCCUUCUGCUCCAAGUUCUGGCCCUUCUGUCACACAUUUGAUGCCCCCAAUGAAGAAAAGCCAACAACAGCAAAGCUUGAUGGAGAGCAUGCAGCCCGGGAAGCCCAGCGAAUGGGAGAUGGAGGGCAGGAAGCACGAGAGGCCCGACAGCCUCCUGACACAGGCACAGUUCUGUGCGGCCGAGCAAGACGUGAAGGCGCUCUCUGGGCCCCUGCAGUCCAUCCCGGAGAUGGACUUCGAGCCCUCGUCGGCCGAGCAGCUGGGCAACGUGGAGCGCUCCCUACGCGCGCCGGCCGAGCUUCUGACCGAAGCCCGCGGCUUCGUGCCCGCGGCCUACGAGGAGUUUGAAUAUGGCGGCGAGAUCUUCGCGCUGCCCGCGCCCUACGACGAGGAGCCCUUCCAGGCCCCGACCCUCUUUGAGAACUGCUCGCCCGCCUCUUCCGAGUCCAGCCUGGACAUCUGCUUCCUGCGGCCUGUCAGCUUCGCCAUGGAGGCAGAGCGGCCCGAGCACCCGCUGCAGCCGCUGCCCAAGAGCGCCACGUCGCCGGCGAGCAGCAGCGGGGCCUACAAGCUGGAGGCGCAGGCGCAGGCGCACGGCAAGGCCAAGCCGCUGAGCCGCUCGCUCAAGGAGUUCCCACGCGCGCCGCCCGCCGAGGGCGUGGCCCCGCGCCUCUACAGCACGCGCAGCAGCAGCGGCGGCCGCGCGCCGCUCAAGGCCGAGCGCGCCGCGCAGCCGCACGGCCAGGCCGCCGCUGUGCGAGGCGCGUCCAGGACCUACUUCCCCCAACAGAGGUCCCAAAGCGAAAAGCAAACCUAUUUGGAAGUAAGGAGGGAGAUGCAUUUAGAAGACACGACCAGAUUCUGUCCAAAGGAAGAAAGAGAAAGUGAACAAACAUCUUUCAGCGAUCAAAACCCCAGGCAAGACCAGAAAGGGGGCUUUCGCAGCUCCUUCCGCAAGCUCUUUAAAAAGAAGUCCAGUGGAUCAGAAUACAGGGAAAAAACUAAUGAGAACCCCUCAAUGGAUCCUUCACCCACCAAACAAGAUUUCUUCAGAAACCGACUUGCUCUUGCAAAUGACCUUGACCAAGGAACAGCUGUGUAAAACAUACUUAAAGUUGUAUUGUCAAGUGGUAAGAUGAGGAUAAAAAGCUUGUAUAUAUCUGUGUAGGAAAAUCUAUCUAUCUCUAUAUAUUGAUGUAUAAAUCCCUGAGGAAAACGAAUAUAAAUACUUACAUAUGAAACUAAAUUAACAUACAAACAAGACCUUGAAGAGAUGAAGAUUAGUCUAUGGUUGAGAGUUGGCUUUUUGAACCUCAACACUUGGGGAAAGGGAAACGAAGACUUCUCACAGCAAAGAAGAAAAACAAUAAAUUUGGAGGAAAAUAAACAUUUGUGAGAACAUAAACUUCCACCUUGCAGUCAUUCUCCCAGUAUAACAUUGAGCACAUUCAUAUUUAACAUGGAUAUGAAUUUUAUGCUUCCUAGACAUUUAGCUUAGAAUUCAUGCCAGUGUUCUUAAGACUAACAUACACUAUGUUAGGGGCCAGCUCUGUCUUGCCAUUUGUCUUCCAGAAACUCUAAGGCAAUACCUAACAUCCCCUAAGACAAAGACUCAAUUAACAGAAUUGUAUUUUACAUGAUGCAAAUCAGAGUUGUAGAGAUUGUGUGCUUAAACUAUGAUAUAGAAGGUUCAAAGUUUAAAGACACAUUGAUCUCCAAACAGGAAGAGAACCUGAAGAGUAGUAUUUAUCUUGUUCUAUGGUUAUGAAAAUCAGUACAGGGAACAGUGAUUUCUUUAGAAACUGGGAGGCCAAAGAAACAUUUAUCCUUGUGUGGGUUGUGCUGCAGAUGAGAGCAGUCCAGAGUCUAUGUUUUAUUGUGUACUCAGGAUUCAGAGACCCACUAGUGAUCAUGAGUGUUACACUGAUGCACUGGGGACAGAAAGCACUGAGUUAGCCACAUCCUCUUCAAAGAUGUUCUUUAGUCUGGAAAGAAGGUGGCAAGAACAUCAGUGCUUUAAUGGUUCACACACAGUGGUUGCUACAAACACCAGGCCGGAAUGGAAACUUAGGGCUGGCAGUACCUUAUUCUGUUUUCCAGAAGUAAGUGGUAAAGAAGCAAAGUUCUUACAGCUCAGACAGAAGAAUCAUUGCAAUGAGGCUUGUCUGGCUAUGGGGUAAUAAAAUGUGCUCUGUUUCCACAUGGAUACAUCUAAGAUGAUCUACGUCCUUAACAUGCUCCUAACAUCAGAAUCAUAACAGGAAAAAAUUAGGUUUCAAGAAUUUGUCUCUAUUUCCAGGCAGUUAUCUAUAAUAAAUUAGGGGCAUUUGGUUACUGUUCAUUCAAAAUCUUGGUACCCAAACUGAUUUCUUCAGAGACUGUUCCUCUAGUAAUGCACUGUUUGAUAAAAAAGGGGAAGUUCCAUUUCUAAGUGUUACAAGUUUUCUUCUACUUGUCUGAUGACUACUUAGAAACUCAUUCAUUAGCAUUUUGAACAGUAGGUGGUUUGAACACUUAUAGGAUGGCUGCCACAUUUUUGAAGUCUCCAAUAUUUAAGUUUAAGCCGAACUUUUUAUUUCCCUGAAAUUAAUGAACUCUUUUGAAAUUAGAUUUCUCUCUAUUAUCUGGCCAAAGAAGUUUUGGGGGCAACGCUUGAUGGAGACCAAUAUAUUUUAAGGGAAGAAAUAGAAAGUGAUGUGUGACACUAGAUAUGUUUUAAACAUUAUAAGAACCUAAGGAAGUCAUUUAAGCAAUGCUGAAAAUACUGUUUUGGGAAGUUUUCCAAAUUCAGAGUAGUCAAGAGUUUUAUACAUAAACCAAGUAACUUGUUUUCCAACAUUUAUUGUUGUUUUUGAAGAGCUUAGUGCAUACUCUUUGAUAAGUCAUCUAAACUUGUUUCUUAUCUAUAGAGAUUUUUAUUCCUUCUUCUUGCCUCAUUCCCUUUAGAAAUAGUAGCAUUAAAUGCUCUUAAUUCUCAGCAGGAAAACUGAAUGUGUUGUGUUUCUCAUGUAUAUAAACCUAUUCAUCUAAUGAUAGUGGAUCUACUGUAAGGGACUGUUGCUGGAUACGAUCUGUCUUUCUAUCUAAAUGGGUAGUUUCCACUUAACAUUAGGUAGUAUUCCCUCUCAUUACCACAUUUUCCUUUUCAGCUGGGGCAAAACCUUCAACAUGCAAACAUUUCUCCCAUUUUUUUAAGCAAAAAAAAUCUUCUUUUGACUCUUCUAGCUAUGCCUCAGUUCUCUGCUUUCUUUUAUAGUAAAACGUGCAAGAGGAAACUGCUCGAAUUCCUCACCUCCCAUUCUUUAUUAAACUCACUAGGCCCACACCACUUGCCUAAACUCUUGUCAAGGUCAUCCGUGACUUUCACCUUGCUGACUGUGUGGUCCAUUCUGUCAUCUUACUCUCCCUAUCAAAUAGCAUUUGACACGCUGACCAGUUACUCCUUCUGAAAUAAUUUUGUUACUACACCUAAGGGACAAAAUAUACCCCUGGUUUUCAUCUUUCUUCAUUGGCAGUUCCUUCUUGGUCUAUUUGCUGGUUCUUCCUUUCUCCUCUCUCUCUUAAUGUUAGGGUGCCCCGGAGUUCUUUGCUUGGAUCUCUUCUUUUUCCAAUUUGUUGGCUUUAAAAUAUGAUCUUUAUGCAAGUGACUCCCAAUUUUACACUUUCAGCUGAGAACUCCCUCCUAAACUCCAGACUUACAUCUCCAACUGCCCCCUUGUUAUCUCUCAGAUGUCUAAUAUACUUACUAAACUUAACAUGUCCAAGCUUGCUUCAACCCUAUCUUCCCCACCUUCAUAGUAACUUUGUCCUCCCAAGCCCCAAAACCUUGAACUCAUUCUUGACAAUUCUAUCAACAAAUUGGCUGUCUUCCAAAUAUAUCCAGAGUCGGACCUCUUCUUACCACCUCCCCUGCUGUCACACUGGCCUAGCUGCCUUCUACUGGGCUACCCUCCUUAUUCCCACUCUUAACCCCUAAUUAUUCUCACUGUGGCAGCCAGAGUGAUCCUGUUAAAAUGCAAAUCAGAUCAUGUCAUUCCUCAAACCCACUAACGGCUCUAUUUCUCUCAAACAGAAGCCAAAGUCAUUACCAGUGACCUGGACCCCGUUAAACCUCUGAUGGCAUCUCCUGUUCUCCCCACAUUCAUUCCUCUCCAGACAUAAGUAGUCUUGCUAUUCUUCAGAUACACCAAGUACGCUCUGCUUCUGGGCUUUUGGAUGGGCUGUUCCCUGGGGCUUGGCAUAUCCUUUCCCCAGAUUCUUGCAUGUCUCCUUCCUUCACCUCCUUCAAGUCUUUAACUCAUCGGUCACCUUCUCCGUGAGGCUGACUCUGACCAUCCCAUUUAAAUCUCACCUCCCCUUUCCCCUCCGUCUUGGCCACCUUGUCCUUGUUUAUAGCAGUUACAACAUUCUAAUGUAUACUAUACCUGUUUAUUCUUCUUACCUUUGGUCUAUGUCUCCUCACUACAUUGUUAAGCCCAUGAGGAUAUGGAUUUUUGGCUGUUUUGCUCAUUGCUAUAUUCCAAAAUCAGAACUGUACCUGGAACAAUAAAUACUUGUUGAAAGUUAAAUAGUCAGAUAGGCCCUUAUGAAAUGCUUAUAAUUAAGGUCACUCAAAACCAAUUUAAGGGACAAUAAACUUCAAAGGAAGCUGUAAAGAAUAAAAAUACAGGGACUUCAGAAUGAACAAUCAACCUCUUAAAAGAUAUCUAAUAGCAAGCAAACUUUGAAAACAUAUCCCUCAGAACUUUAGUAGUUUAUUAAGCAACUACUCUGUAAAAGGUACUGGGCUUUACACAUAUUAUAGCAGGUCCUCAAAGAAUGUUUUGUUCAAUGUUGUUUCAUUAUAACAUUGAUGAGAUGCUGUAGGAAAUUAACGUUUGUUUUUAUCAAUUAACCUGUGAUAAAGCUGGUUUCAUUAUGUCGUUUUGCUUAAAGUUGCACAACCUAUUAAUGAUGUUUAGUGAGUACUUACUGUACUUUUAAACCUCACGAUAGUCCCUAAUAAAUCUGUUAACUUUAUGUAUUGAUGAGAAACAGACUCACUAUUUAAAUAACUUCUCCAAAAUCAUAUAUUUAGUACUAGAACCAGAAUGUGAACGCAGAUAUGCGUGAUUUCAAAGCACCUGCGUGUUGUACUCUUGUACCACAAUGAUUCUUCCUUUUCUUGAUGAGUCAUGAAGGUAGAAAAAACAGCUUCUAAAAAUGGGCUGUAGUUUUUUUCUUGCCUCCAAUGAGACUCAAAAGUCCUAAAAUGUUAGAAUGGGCAUAAAAUGCUUUUUUGGAAUCAUAUUGUCAAAGCCCUCGUCUCUGGAAGCCAUGUGUAUCUAUCUGCAGAGAGGCAGGCUUAACUGUGGGAUGUACUCUAGAGACUUAAGCGCCCAGAAUCUGUGAUGAGCUAACAUGAUUAAAAUAAGAAGAAAAGCAAACCACCUGGCUAAAAUUCAAAGGAAGUGAUGUUCAAGAACAAACUCAAAAUCAGGUUUGAUUAAUACAAAUAUUAACGUUACUUUCCUAUAGCUGUUAUUAAAUCGAUUACCUAGAAUAUACUUAAAAAUACAUACUUGGAUUUCACAAUGGCCUACAAAUGG